AAGGACAUCAUGAUAGACGAUGAAUGUGGUCGACAGCUUCCAGCAUUGACUGUUUUUUCAUUGUCCAUCAGAUACAUGAAAGAAGAUUUGGAGAAAACAUGCGAGAAUCAAGUGGUAGGUUUGAAGCCAGACGACAUUCACUGGGUUCUGACUGUACCUGCUAUUUGGAAUGAUUCAGCAAAACAGUUCAUGAGAAUGGCUGCAGAACAAGCCGGAAUCUCCACCGACAAACUUUCCGUUGCUCUUGAACCAGAGGCAGCCUCCCUUUACUGCAGACAUCUCCCUGUAAUGUGUGACGGGGAAUCAAGCCUUCUUACAUUUCAAACCGGAAAGAAAUACCUAGUUCUAGACGCAGGAGGUGGGACAAUUGACAUAACGGUACACGAAGUUUGUGCUGGUGGAAACCUCAAAGAGAUACAUAGGGCUAGUGGUGGUGAUUGGGGUGGGACGAAGAUUGACGGGUCUUUUAUGAAUUUUCUUGGACAUAUUGCAGGUAACACUGCAAUGCAGCGAUUCAAAGAUGAGAAUAUGGAAGAUUUCAUUGAACUUCUUCGUGAUUUUGAAAUCAAGAAGAGAAAUAUAGAUUCUGUAUCGAAAACAAAAGUAACAAUUAAAGUUCCAUCUUCUCUGUUUGACCUUGUACAGGAAAAACUUCAUUCAUCUGGUUACGAAAAUCAGGUAAAUCUGACCGGAACCGGAAACAAAGUUCGCUUGGAUGCGGACCUCAUGCGGUCCUUCUUUACCACAACAUUGACACAGAUUAUUACGCAUACAUCUGAUCUUCUUGAAAAGCCAGACUGCGUUGGAGUUGAAGCCAUUUUGAUGGUGGGUGGCUUCUCUGAGUCUAAGCUUCUCCAGGAAAUCGUCAAAAUGAUGUUUUCGCAGCUGAAAAUCAUAGUUCCUCCAGAAGCUGGACUUGCUGUACUAAAGGGGGCGGUCAUUUACGGUCAUUGUCCAACUGCGAUUACUGAACGCAUUUCAAAGUACACCUAUGGUGUUGCUACAUCAGUCAAAUUCAAUGAAAAAAUACAUCCUUCUUCGAAGCGUUUAGUUUUAGAUGAUGGCUCCAUCAUAUGUGAAGAUGUAUUUGACAUCAUUGUUAAGGAAGGAGAUAGACUUGUCGUAGGUGUGGCGCACAAGGAAAGAUCAUACAAACCUAUAGACGAGUCACAAAAAACAAUCGAAUUUCCUGUUUUUAUUUCAAGAGAUAGGAAUGCUAACUUUGUCACAGAUCUUGGAUGUAAACAUGUUGGCACUCUUGCGAUCCCCUUGGCCGGAAGAGGCACUGACCGAUCAGUGACGGUUCGAAUGCUCUUCGGUGGUACGGAAAUAAUUGUUGAGUGUGUAGAACAAGCUACCAGCAGAAUCAGACGAUUGAAAAUAGAUUUUCUGACGUAA